AUGGAACAUUCACGUGAUAGGGCUACUGGGGGAUCUAUAAAUAGUCCUCCAUGGUUCGAAGGUGGAUGUGAAAAAUAUACUCAAUGGAAGAUUUACAUGAAGUCAUACCUCUAUGCUCAAGAUGAACACGUGUGGAACAUCGUAGAAAAUGGUUGGAAUGUACCUAUGGCAAAAGCAAAAGAAGAAGGCUCUUCCACUGCCACUCCCAAACCAAGGAAGGACUGGACUGAGGAAGAAGUUCGUGACUUGCAAGCUGAUUUCAAAGCUAAGAACAGCAUCUUCACAGCCCUAUCGGAGCGAGAAAAACUGAGGAUAAGUCAUUGUGAUACUGCCAAGCAGGCAUGGGAUCUCCUACAGACUACCUACGAAGGAAAUAAAAAGGUACGUGCACAGAAACUGCAAGCACUGAUUUUUGAAUUCGAAACCAUGACCAUGGCAGAUGAUGAAACCGUGGACGACUUCCAUGGUAGAAUUCUUAAGAUUUCCGGUCAGUGUCGCAGUCUAGGAGCACCUUUUGAUGAAGAUAAAAUAGUCAAAAAGAUACUCAGGGCUCUGCCAGAAAAAUUUCACUCAAAAGUCACUAGCAUAGAGGACUCUUUUGAUAUAGAUGAUUAUCCACUUGAUGAGCUCAUCGGAAAUUUGAAAACCUAUGAGAUGAGGUUAAAACCUGAGAAGAAAAACAAGGGUGUAGCUUUCAAAGCUGUGAAAGAAAUUGAAGAGGAAGAAGGAUCGCUGGACCUAGCUCUACUGACAAAGGAAUUCAAAAAUUUUCUCAAAAGCAAGAACUCCUCUAAAAACGCAAAUGCUCCCAGAAGGAAUAACUAUACUGGCAAUGGUAGCAACAAUGACUACAAUGGUAAGAAUGGAAGAGGAAGCUUCAAAGGAAAUCAAUCAGGAAAACCAAAGUGCUAUGAAUGUGGUGGUUUUGGUCAUAUAUCUACUGACUGUGGAAAUAGGAAGCUUGGAAACAGCAACAACAAGUCUCUCCUUUCAACUUGGAGUGAUGAUGAAUCUCAAGAAAUUGAAAAUGUGGCCCUUGUAUCAUCACUGCUGCCUGAUUCUGGAAGUGACGAGUAUUUCUCUGAUGAUGAUGAAACAAAUAUCCGCUGCAAACGACUCUACAAAGCUUCAAAGGCUACUUUGAUUAGAAACUUGAGCUUGGAAAAAGAAGUAGACUUCCUGAGAACUGAAAAAGAAAAGGUGGAGCAUCUAUUCGAAUCUUCACAAUCUGCAUGGAAGAUGGAGAAAAGCAAACUCUUGAGUGAAUCAGCAGAUCCACAAAGUGACCAAGAGAUACUGACGUGGAAGACUGAAAAGAAUGAGUUUCUCAACAGGAUCAAACUACUAGAGCUGGAUGUUAAAGGACAAAGAGCCUUGAACUUGGAAUUGUUGGCGAAAAAUGAGUCUCUUCAACACGAGUUAAAAUUAACUCAAGAAAGAUACCUCAAGUUCAAUAUCAGUUCCACUUCCAUAUUGUCCAAGUUGCUCGGAUCAGGAAAAGCUCCUCAUGAUACAUAUGAGCUAGGAUACACUAGAGAAAAUUCCAAAAGCACCAAGUUCGUACGAGCCUCAAAACCAUCUGUAGAGCAGAAAGAUGUCUCCAUUGAUGAUCAUGUCAAUGAUAUAAAGGAAGGUAAUUCAAACCAACACCUUCAGGUAAAACUUGACCAAGAAUCCCCCACUGGUCAACCCAGGUACGCAAACCCUAGAAUCUUUAUUCCUACUUGUCAUCACUGUGGUAAGAUUGGCCAUAUCAGACCUAGAUGUAAUGAACGGUUUUCAAACUUAAAAUUCUCUCAAGAAAAAUGUACUGUUGAAACCCUACAGGUUGAGCUUAAAGAACAAAAGGAACUUAUUAACAAAUUAACUGAAAUUGUUUCUAAGAAGAAUCCUCAAACGGAAAGAAGAAAAGAUGUCUGGACCAGAAAAAUUGAAAGCAAAAAUCAUAGGUCCCUUGUUAAUGAAACUGAUGAUACAUGUCUUUUUGUUUGUGCUAGCCAAACUCAUCAACGCUCUCACAUUGAGGCAACUUGUUUAGUAGCUUUAACUGCAUUAGCAGACAAGCGACGAGAUUUUUGGUAUGUAGACAGUGGUUGCUCAAGACACAUGACUGGAGACAAAACCUGGUUUACUUCAUUUGAGGAUGAGAAUACCACUGGAUCAGUCACGUUUGAAGAUGGGAGGAAAGCUAACAUUCUAGCUCGAGGUACAGUAAACACUCCAGGUAUACCUAACCUUAAAAAUGUGUUAUUUGUUGAAGGAUUAACUGCAAAUCUGAUUAGCGUCAGCCAUUUGGCUGACGACUAUGAAGAUGUCUGGUUUAACAAACAGAGAUGUUUGGUCCUAAAUCAGAAAGGAGAAAGUAUCAUGGGAGGUAAGAGAUCUGUCGAUAACUGUUAUCACAUUCAAGCUAAUGAAUCUUCUAGUUUGCAGUCUUGUUUGUCUGUUAAAUCCACAGAGGAAACCUUUGAAAUUUGGCACAGAAAGAUGGGACAUGUCAACUAUCAGGACUUGCUAAAAUUAUCUUCCAAACAAUGUGUCCGAGGCUUGCCAAAUUUAAAAGGUAAAACUGACAAGAUGUGUGGAGACUGCAAGGUGGGAAAGCAAACUAAGGCACCUCACAGAGUGAUAAAUUCUGCAACAACCACACAAGUAUUGGAGCUAUUACACAUGGAUCUCAUGGGACCAGCUCAAUCUGAAAGUCUUGGAGGUAAGAGCUACAUACUAGUGGUUGUGGAUGAUUUCUCAAGAUACAUCUGGGUAAACUUCUUGAAAGAUAAAACUGAAACGUUUGAGUCCUUUAAGAAUUUGAGUCAAAAAUUAAUCAUUGAGAAACAGUCAUCUAAUAACUGCUUAGUGAGAAUAAGAUCAGAUAAUGGUACUGAAUUUAAAAAUGCCUCUUUUUCUAACUACUGUCAUGAGCUUGGUGUGUCACAUGAGUUCUCAGCUCCAAUCACUCCUCAACAAAAUGGGAUAGUGGAAUGGAAAAAUAGGGUAUUACUAGACAUGGCUCGAGUAAUGCUACAUGCUGCAGGUUUAAGCACAAAUUUUUGGGCUAAGGCAAUUAGCACUGCUUGCUAUACAAUAAAUAGAGUAUUCCUCAGACCAGGUACUGAUCAAACUGCCUACGAGCUGUGGAAAGGUAAGAAGCCAAAUGUUGGACACUUUCAUGUGUUUGGCAGUCCUUGCUACAUUCUACGAGAUAGAGAGCACCUCGGUAAGUUUGAUGCUAGAAGUGAUGAUGGGGACGUAACAUUUGCAGAUACCUCACCCUUCUCGGUCACACCAUCACAGAAUACUGAAACAUCAUCUAAGGAAGAGGAAGAGGAAAUCCAUGACAACAUUUUUGAACCAGCUCCCACCCAAAGAAGAGGGUUCAAGCAAGUUCAAAAAGACCACUCCACUCAAGAUAUCAUCGGCAAUCUAACUGAUGGUCCGAUAACAAGGAGAAAGGCUGCAGUCCAGGUAAGUUCCUCCGAGGUAAGUGAAGAAAAUGUAUUACUGUGUUUUAUUACCGAAAAUUUGGCAAGCAUGAACAUUAUAUCUCAUUUUGGCUUUGUGUCCAUCGUUGAACCAAAAAAUAUUAAAGCAGCUUUGUUGGAUGAUAACUGGAUUAGCGCUAUGCAGGAUGAACUGAAUCAGUUUACUAGGAAUGAUGUAUGGUACCUAGUACCACGACCUAGUAAGUGCAAUGUUAUAGGAACUAAGUGGAUUUUCAGAAAUAAAAGUGAUGAAAAAGGAAACGUGAUUAGGAAUAAAGCCAGACUAGUUGCUCAGGGAUAUUCACAGGUUGAAGGACUUGACUUUGACGAGACAUUUGCUCCUGUAGCUAGGUUGGAAUCUGUUAGAUUACUCCUAUCCAUUGCUUGUCAUCUCAGGUUUAAAUUGUUUCAAAUGGAUGUCAAAACUGCCUUUCUGAAUAGAUUUCUUCAAGAGGAAGUUUAUGUAGAACAGCCCCCCGGUUUCCAAGAUCCACACAACUUAGAUCAUGUCUACCGGCUCAAGAAAGCCCUGUAUGGGCUAAAGCAGGCUCCUAGAGCCUGGUAUGAGAGGCUAUCCACUCAUCUUUUGGGAAAAGGGUAUACUAGAGGAUCCAUAGAUAAAACAUUGUUUGUGAAACAAACCAAAAAUGACCUUAUCAUUGCCCAAGUGUAUGUUGAUGACAUUGUGUUUGGUUCCACCUCUAAAUAUCUUGUCAAAGAAUUUCAAUCUGUCAUGGAAAGUGAAUUUGAAAUGAGCAUGUGUGGUGAACUAACAUUUUUUCUUGGAUUGCAAGUAAAGCAGAUAGACACAGGUAAGUUGUCUAUCUUUUGUGACAACACUAGUGCUAUCAACAUCACCAAGAAUCCUGUUCAACACUCUCGAACAAAGCACAUUGAUCUUCGAUAUCAUUUUAUUAGGGAUUUGGUUGAACAAAACAUACUUGAGUUAAGCUUUGUACCCACUGAGAAUCAACUUGCUGAUUUGUUUACUAAGCCUCUUGACACUGCUAGGUUCAUUCACUACCUGGUUUCUCUCACCAUGGUUCGCACAAAACAAACCACUCGACUUGGAGGUCAUCGCCGCCUGCCUCCUCCAGAAGAAGGCCGUCAGGCCGCUGCCAGAGCCGGGAUUCUCCAUCCCGGCAUGCACCGUGUACGCAGUCGGAGUCCUCCUCCUCGCCCAUCCUCUUCAACUACAUCUUCUGCUGCUCCUCCUCCUGUCUCUCUGGAGACUCUUCGUGACCAGAUCUUGGUGGCUGACUGGCGAAUUGCCUGUCUUACGACGGACAUGGACGACAUGCAUUCUCUUCUGGUUCGUACUCGUCAUGCUCUGACCACCCUCACACAGGAACUCCGGAACAUGCAGCGCCACCCUCCUGGGUUUGACGCUCCCCGUCCUUCCAACGCCAUGCAGGAGCCUGUUGCACUGGAGGAGAGCUUGGAUUCCAUGGAUGAAGAGGAGUUUCUAGACAACGUCACCAGGCUUUGUGAGGAAUUUGACGUGCCUUCCCAUUCAAAGGGGGAGAAGUAA